GCUACGAACUGGUGCUGCUGCUGCUGUUGCUGCUGCUGUUGCUGCUGCCGUUGUCGGGGUACUACCCGAUUUCAACGGGCGCGUACAAACGUAUCAUGCUGGGUAGGGCCGGUGCCGAGAUGCCGGCUUGUAAACGAAACCAGUUUGCUAUCCGAUACGAUCCAGGCAACAGCGGCCUCGCGCGAUAUAUCCUACACGAGCUAAGAUCGUUCCUGUUAGGUGGAAGGAUCCAAAAUCAUCUCGGUCCAAGAGGAAACGACAGGAUGUGGGGAUAGGAGGAAAUCACCUGACACCUGAGGAAAACACACGAGGAGAAAGCUGCUGCUGCUACUACUCCUGCCUGCUGCUGCUGCUGUUGUUGUUCCUGUUGCUGUUGUUGCUGUUGUUCAUAGUUAACGAGAAGAGAUACGACAAGAGGGACAGUUUUUCAAUAGAAAUCUACAUUAUUAUUCGUUUGAUUUUGUUGUCAUCGUAAUCUGUUGUUCAAUAUUGCCGAUCACGGGAUAGUUCGCGUACGCGAUGAUAUAAUAAUUCUAUAUUUUAUUAUUAUUAUUAUUAAAGGACCGUUGGACCAAAUUCGAAUCGUUAUAUUGUUUUUUUUUUGUUUGUGUGUAGAUAGUGUAAAAAUUAAUAGUGGACUAUGUCAAGUGACGAUAUACAAUCGUAAAAAUCUAUUCAGAUACAUUUUCCGAUCGGAAGGGGAGGAAUUCGAUCGGGUUCGAACAGUGAAUUACUUUGAACUAGUUUCUUACAAUUUGUCUUCUCUUAUCGUUGGAAAAGAAGAAAAAAAGAAAAGCAUGAAACUGUCAUGAUAGUGUCGAGAAGAAAGUACAAAUCGGAAAGGCGGGAAUCCUGUGAGACAAUAAAAGUUAUGACGAAGAAUCACGUUGUGAUCACCAUCAAUAAUAAUAAUAAUAAUAAUAAUAAUAAUAAUAAUAAUAAUAAUAAUAAUAAUAAAGAGACAGUUUAAAUUCUAAUUAAGUAAUUAUUGUGAAAAGUUUCGGGGAUUCCGAGAUGUCGGCAGUGGCACCGCCAGGAACCGGUGGUGCGGCACCAGCACCAAAUGGUCCAAUUGUACCGGCACCGGUUUUUGCUUUGCCGACGUUGUCCUUUACCGUCGGUCAAGUGGCUACAGUUUGCGAAACUUUGGAGGAAAGCGGUGACAUCGAAAGAUUGGCUAGGUUCCUUUGGAGUCUUCCGGUUGCACAUCCUAACAUUCAAGAAUUAAAUCAAAACGAGGCGGUACUUAGGGCACGUGCUAUAGUUGCCUUUCAUUCGGGACAUUAUAGGGAAUUAUAUAAUAUAUUGGAAAGGAAUAAAUUUACCAAGGAUUCACAUGGUAAAUUACAAGCCAUGUGGUUGGAGGCACAUUAUCAGGAAGCUGAAAAACUUCGUGGAAGACCAUUAGGUCCUGUCGACAAAUACAGAGUAAGAAAGAAAUUCCCUUUGCCGAGAACUAUUUGGGAUGGCGAACAGAAAACUCAUUGCUUCAAGGAAAGAACUAGAUCGUUACUACGGGAAUGGUAUCUUCAGGAUCCUUAUCCUAAUCCAGGAAAGAAAAGAGAAUUAGCUGCGGCGACUGGGCUUACACCGACGCAGGUUGGUAAUUGGUUCAAAAAUCGAAGGCAAAGGGAUCGUGCUGCUGCAGCAAAGAACAGAUUGCAGCAACAAUCGAGCCCGGGAAAUGGAAACAAUCGACGUAAUUUGAGUCCAGGACCAGGUGGUAGCGAUUCCGAGGAUUCCGACAUUUCACUCGGUGGUACAUCACAAGCAUCGCCGAAUUCCUCGCCGACCCCAACACAUCAACCCUCUCCCGUACCAUUGGGCCCACUCGGGCCACUUCCACCACCCGGAUUGAGCUUUCGUUUCGAUCCAAAUCAGCCGUACCGAUUUAGUCAAACGACAGGCUUCAAAUUCCCAGGUGCUUUUAGAUAUAGUCCUCAUAGUCCUCAACACAAUCAUCCGAACAUCGUAGGUGGUGGAAUGUUCAGGCUUACAGAAACCAGUCCCUUUCAAGCAGUAGGACCUAGAGGUGAUCUUGGAUCAAGACUACCAGAUCCACUUGGGCUACCACCGCCAAGGUUGCACCCUCACGAAGGUUUGCUACAUCAUCCACAUCCGCAGCAUCCUUUACCCGAGGGAAUAUCUAGGAUAUCUGAGGGCUCCAGGUUAUCCGAUGGACUCUCAGAACCUCACAGUCCGCCAUUGAUGGCAACGAAUCUGUCGGUAACGGGUCCGUUGAGAGUAGCUGUUCCAAGUCCACAUACCCCAUCCUCAAGGGGCAGCCCAUCCUCGAAUCAGCCCACUCCUCAGGGCCAGGCUCAAGGUCAAGGCUUAAUAAGGGUCGCUACGCCACCGGUCAAUCCAAAACCACCACAAAUUCACAGGCCAUUUUCGCCGGCGUGAUACGACAGGUCGUCGUCUAAUGAAAACGAAGAAAUCCUUCUUGUUACGGACAACACGAUUGUUCAUGAUAAUCGUUCGUUAAUAUCCAGGUACGAAGUGACAACAACAGGUAAUUUACAACAAAGACAUUUCGAAGUAUUGUGAAAAUUCAUUGACGAAUAUCAUCACCAAGUGAGAACAAACAAUCUUCAAACGCAAAAGAAGAAAAUCAAAUCUCAUCGAUGAUCAGUGCGUGAUUUUGGGGAACUUGUGGGGAUUGGGGGGAAAGGGAACCGAAGGAAUCUGUGAAUUAAAGUGAAUAUAUUUGUCACGCGGGAUGGGAAUCUGAAAACGUUUUUCAAAAAAACAACCCCUCCCCUAUUUGUGUAUUGUGUGCGAACAAGCAAUAUUAUUAUUUCGCGAAAUUAUCUCUUCUAGUGAUUUUUGCGAAUAGGUAAUUACUAUUAUCGCAUGUUUUUUUUUUUUUGGAUCGUCAGAUUAAAUGAUACGAAGAA